AUGGGCAGCGGCAGCACUGCGACAGCUCCCCCACCGCCCACGCGCCGCCUCCUUGUCUUCCAAGAGACGCGCAACCCACAAAACACCACUGAGACGGUCUACCUCCCAGUCAACAAGCUGGGUCUUCCGAUCUGCGGCGACGGGCCCGAGUUGCCUUCUAUCCUUGAACUGCCGCUGCGCAUCCUGCGCGCGUUUACGGAUAUUUUCAAUCAGCCUAAGUAUAAGGGGUGGGCAAUCCUCGCUGCAGGACAAUAUCACGACACCGCGGAGGAAGGUAAGUUCUACGCUGUCGUGCUGGAGCAGACACAUUCUCAGCAGGGGGCACCUGGUUCUUAG